CUUUGCUGUUAAGUUAAAAGGUGCUUUGCUGAUACUGUUCAAUGACAAAAUUCUUUCAGUUGUAUAAUACUUCAAAGAUGGACCGGAUUAUCCUCUUGUGCAUGGUUUCCACCUGUCUCUCAGUUGUACAUACCCAGAAAUUUUUGUUCAGCCCAAAAUGGGGCCCCAUUGGUUAUAAAGCGCGUGAAGAGCACGAUGAUGGGACAGCAAUGGAUGAAAUCAUUAAAGCUAAUGAGUUCCAAGCUUCCCGAAUCAUUGAUGGCAUUACUAGUCUCAGAGAGGGAGACAUUGCUGUAUCUGCUGGAAGGCGCUCCAAAGUCUGCUUUGCAAGGAGCUGCCUCUGGUCUAAGUCAGUGGAUGGACAUGUCUACGUUGCAUACAGGCUCUCACCUGAAUACUCUGAAAUGGAGACAAAGCUGAUAAAGAAAGGGAUGGAGAACAUAGAGAAAGGUACCUGUGUGCGGUUUGUUCCUCGGACUCACCAGCGAGACUACAUCGACAUCCAGCCAAAGUCUGGGUGUUGGUCCUACCUUGGUUCCCGUGGUGGAAGACAGACCAUAUCUCUCCAGAGCCCUGACUGCCUCCAGGUUGGAGUGAUUUCCCAUGAAUUCAUGCACGCCCUGGGCUUUGUGCACGAGCAGUCUCGCUUUGACCGGGACAACUAUGUCACCAUCAUGUGGCCAAACAUUUGGAGGGGUAAUUUCAAAGGGGCGGGAAGGGGGGUGGCAUUGGGGAGUGAGAUCUCCACCAACGAUCGUUUGAGGAAUUUUGAGAAAUUCAAGACUGACAUUCUGGACUUACCGUAUGACUAUGGCUCAAUCAUGCACUUUGGGAUGUUUGCCUACUCUCAGGAUGGGGAGCCAACCAUCAUUCCUAAGAACAGCAAAGACAUAAAGCUGGGCCAGGCAUCGACUCUCAGCCACAUUGACAAGCUGAAAAUCAACAAGCUUUAUAAAUGCAGUUGGUGACAAGGAUGAUUAAUAACCAAACUGAGUGGAGGGGAAACAGGAGUGUACUGGAAGCAACUAAAAUAAAUUGAUAUUAAAUCAUG